AUGGGAUUUGGAGGUUAUUGGCCUGAUGGCGACAACCGGGUAGCCUUUUGCUCUAAUUGGGAAAAUAAGACAUGGACUGCCGACUGGACUACUGGAUGGAAGACUGGGGAUUGGAAGACUGACGGCCAUUGGAAGGAUGGUCAUUGGGGCACUGGAACCUGGACCACUUGGACUUCUUGGGCUUCAUGCACCACAACCGAAACCACCGUCACCGAGACUUCCUCCGGUACUGCACUCUCGACGAUCACCUCCGAGGUCCUCUUAGCUGUCGCUGCCGAUUCGACAGCCACGGCUACAGGGGCAUUGGCCACUGAGACCACUACUACCAGUGGUGCUAGCAGUGCUCGGACACGCCACAGUAAGGGGGCUUUGAUCGUCGGCCUCUUGGUGCUUAUCGGCAUGAUGGCUUAG